AUGGCUAUCGGAUUCUCUGCUAACCCAUUCGGACUUCCUUCGGAUUGGAAGAAUUCGGAAGGCUAUACUACUCCCGUCACUGCCAUUUCGUCCGUUCUUGUUCAAAACUUCAGCUGUAUUUUCAGUUACAAGACUUUCUCCGAACCAGAACUGCUAGACGAAGCUAUUAAAACGUGGGUUCAGAAAGGAAGCACUGGCAAUCUACGUUUUGAAGAGCUGGAGUUGAGAUCCGGCGCUGGCUUGGCACCUUUGGGCUUCGCUAAGGCAAGCAGCGAGAACUCGGUUUUCGGAAUCAUCACUCCAGGCUAUGGUUUGAGCUACUUCGCUAACAGCUUUCAACGUGAAAAGGAAAACACCAAUCGGUUCUUGCUAAACGUGGGAGCUUUGAACUACGAUGAGAAAUCAGGCCAAGUGGUAAGCGAUUACAUUACUCCCGUAAAAACCGCUGCUGCUUUGGGCUUCCCAGUUGUUUCUCCCAUUGCUGUCGACGAAGUCAAACAAACGACACUUUUAUCACUGGCUUUGGCCAAAUUCGGCCAGCCACUCGGCGCUGUCAAUCUGUUUGAUGGGCCAAACUACGCCAAGUCUGUGUUGAACAUCACCGAAAAGCAAGAUCAAGACAUCAUCUCGCAUUUGUCCAAGUCUCUCGCGGUCGGUUCGACUUUUGACCAAAUUUUGGACAAGUUCAACGAAAACGCUUCUCGCAAGCUACACAACUUUGAAUACUACGGUGACGAAAACGCUGAAACCGUCUUUGUCUCUUUUGGUGGUGUCGAGUCUGAGCUUUUCAGAUCUAGCGUGUUGGAAAACGAAAGUAAGAUUGGUUUGAUUGCCAUUCGGAUCCCACUACCUUUCGACACUGCUAAAUUUGUCACAUUGAUUCCGAAAUCGGCUAAGAAUGUCGUUGUUGUCGGCCAAUCCUUGGACGGGCAGUCGCCAACCUAUUUGAAAUCCCAAGUUUCGGCGGCUUUGUUUGCUCACAAAAUUAGAUCCGUAAAGGUAUCCGAAUACCUAUACUUGCCAACAUUUGUCUGGUCGCCAAACGCUGUUGAACAAGUACUUUCUUCGUUUGUUCCUGAAUUCACUACCGCCGCAAAACAUGAAAGCGAAAACUUUAUUUAUUGGGCUUCCGACUCCAGUGUAAACCUCGAUGUCGCUGCCAGACUAGUACACUCCCUAUCCCUAGUCGACAAUCGCGAAGUUUCCUUGAGAACCAAGUUCGACAAUAAUGCAAACGGAGGUACCUUCCAAGCUCAAUUCGUGUCCAGCAACGAAGUCAAAACUUCACUUGUUUCUAACGUGGACGUCGCGGACGUUACUAUUGUGGAAAAUUUAUCCUUGCUUAACGCAUUUGAUGUUGCCAGCAGCUGUAAAGAAAACAGCACUAUUGUGGUUAUUAGUGAAAAGUCGUUGAAGGAGAAGAACAUUUCUGACGCUAAGGUGCUUGUUGAGGACUUGAAAAUCCCAGGCGCUUUUUUGAAACAGCUCACCAAUAAAGGCGUUCAGCUUGUUUUCUUGGACACUGAAACAAUUGGUGACAAGGAAGAAACCAAAGGCCGCACCAGCUCUUUCGUCAUGCAAGCCGCAUUUUGGAAAUAUGCAUACAAAUUAUCUGUUGCAGAAAGUGUUCGUCGCAUCUGGAGCUCAGCUGGUUCGGAUAUCGAAUUGUUGGCCGCCGUGUUGUCCGACACAAUCACUACAGCAUUCGAGGUUGGACUUUUUGAAGUUUCUUCUGAGGAACUAUCUGCGACUUUAGCAAACGUGGAAACCAAUGCGGAUGAAGAGCCCACGUUAUCAUCGCUUGUUGCAGAAACUUGUUUCCAACCCAACCCAAAACAACAGGAAGAAGUUCUUGAAAAUGGGGUUUCGAGUGUUGCAAACAUUUCUCAGCAUUUGAGUUUCAAAGAAGCUUUCGCGACGCAAAGUUCUUUAAGACCUGAUUUGCCAGUGAGGAAUUACGUUGUCAAGGUGAAAGAAAAUAGACGUGUAACACCCGCUGAUUACGACAGAUACAUCUUCCAUAUUGAAUUUGAUAUCACGGGCACAGGUUUAACUUAUGGUAUCGGUGAAGCCCUUGGUGUUCAUGCCAGAAACAACCCAGAUCUUGUGAAGGAGUUUUUGAUUAAAUAUGGUUUGAAUGAGCAAGACAUCAUUCAAGUUCCUAACAGAGAACAUCAUCAGCUUUUCGAUAGUAGAACUGUUCUACAAGCUUUCACGGAAAAUUUGGAUAUCUUUGGCAAACCUCCAAAAGCCUUCUACCAGUCUUUAAUUGAGUUUGCGUCCAAUGACGACGAAAAGAUGAAGCUCGAGGAUCUUGUGUCUGCGGCAGGAGCUGUCGAGUUGAAGAAGUAUCAAGAUAUUGAAUAUUACACCUAUGCCGACAUCUUCGAAUUGUUUCCCUCAGCCAGACCCGCUCUUAAAGACUUGGUACGUAUCAUUGCUCCCAUGAAGAGGAGAGAAUAUUCCAUCGCAUCAUCACAGAGAGUGCAUCCCAACGAAGUUCAUUUGUUAAUUGUCGUUGUGGACUGGAUUGACAACAAGGGACGCAAGCGUUAUGGACAAGCCUCUAAGUAUUUAUCUGAUCUUUCUGUCGGAUCCGAGUUGGUGGUUAGUGUGAAACCAUCGGUUAUGAAAUUACCCCCCUCUCCAGAGCAACCAGUCAUCAUGAGUGGUCUCGGAACUGGUCUGGCUCCUUUCAAGGCAAUUGUGGAGGAAAAGUUCUGGCAACAACAACAAGGCCACAAAAUUGGUAAAGUUUUCUUGUAUUUGGGCUCAAGACACAAGAGAGAAGAGUACUUGUACGGUGAAUUAUGGGAAGCCUAUAAGGACGCUGGAAUAAUCACACAUAUUGGUGCUGCGUUUUCGAGAGAUCAGCCUCACAAGAUUUACAUUCAAGACAAAAUUCGUGAGAGUCUCGGUGAAUUGAGAACCGCAAUGAUUGACGAAAACGGUUCUUUCUACUUGUGCGGCCCUACUUGGCCAGUCCCUGACAUUACUAGCGCCUUGCAGGAUAUUAUUCAAGCUGACGCCGACGAAAGAGGUGAAAAAGUUAAUCUCGAAGAAGCCAUUGAAGACUUGAAGGAAACUUCUCGUUAUAUUUUGGAAGUUUAUUAG